AUGGAUGAAGAAAGAAACAGUGAGGUCAGGGAUGUAAAUAUAUCGGCACCAGAAAUUGGAAUGACUUUUAUCAAUUUUGAUGCUGUUUUGAAUUUCUAUAAGCAUUAUGCACAAGAAAUAGGAUUUGCAGUUGUAAAGAGGUCAACAAAAAUGACCGAUGGCAAGGCUACAUAUGUAAUAAUCGCAUGCUCUCGUCAUGGAAAAAUGUAUCGGACCGUAACGAAUAUUCGUCCUCGUCCAUCGGUAGCAAAGACAAACUGUCCAGCCAGAAUAAAUGUGGUAAUAAAUGGGGAUUCAUCUUGUGUAAUAAACAAAAUUACACUUGAGCAUAAUCACACUCUAAGUCCUUAUAAGUCUCGAUUUUUUCCCUGCAAUCGAGUUAUAGAUACAAGCGUCAAGAGGCGGCUUGAUCUUAAUGAUCGUGCUGGAAUAAGAUUGAAUAAAAGUUUUAAUUCUAUUGUUGUUGAGGCUGGUGGAUAUGAAAACUUAACAUUUGGAGAGAAGGACGCUCGCAAUUAUAUUGAAAAAGCCCGUCGGUUACGACUUGGUGAAGGUGACGGCGAAGCAAUUUGUAAUUAUUUUAGAGAAAUGCAAGAGAGAAAUGGAAACUUUUUUUAUGCCAUAGAUCUAGACGAUGAUUCUCGGCUUCGCAAUGUGUUUUGGGCAGAUGCUCGGAGUAGAGCGGCGUAUGAAUGUUUUGGAGAUAUAAUAACUUUCGACUCGACAUAUCUAACAAAUAAGUACGAUAUGCCAUUUGCUCCUUUUGUUGGUGUUAACCAUCAUGGACAGUCGAUCUUGUUGGGGUGCGGCCUACUCUCCACUGAAGAUACAGAAUCGUUUGUAUGGCUCUUUCGAAAUUGGUUGUCAUGCAUGUCGGACCGUGCCCCGAAAGCAAUAAUCAUAGAUCAAGAUAAAGUGAUGCAAAAUGCUAUCGCACGUGUCUUUCCUAAUACUCGGCAUCAAUGGUGCUUAUGGCACAUAACAAAAAAGAUACCGGAAAAGCUAAGAAGCUAUGGCGAAUAUCAUUCGAUGAAGAGCGUGAUGAUGGAUGCUAUUUAUGAAUCACUGACAGAAAUUAAAUUUGAGGAAAAAUGGAAGAGAAUGAUAGCUUGUUAUGCACUUGAAAAUAAUCAGUGGUUGUCAGGCCUGUACGAGGAAAGACAUAAGUGGAUACCAGCUUAUGUGAAUGAUACAUUUUGGGCUGGAAUGUCCACAACACAGCGUAGCGAAAGUAUGAAUGCAUUUUUUGAUGUGUAUGUGAACUCGAAAACUUCAUUAAAAUAA